UCACAGCACAGAGGCUGAAGACUCUGCUGUCCCCCAGGGAAUCAGCUGUAGCUGCACUGACAGAGCUUCCAUAUAGAGGUCUGUUUGGCACUGCAGACAGAAGGGCUGCCUCCUGUCAGAGGCCCAUUAUCUCCCUCCCUCCUUCACCAGAAAAGGACCUGCUCUCUCCAAGCGAACGCUGCAACACCAGAUGAACGAAACGGAUGACAAGAGUCACGGGUGAAGUUUCCUUUUCCUUGAAAUUUUGGUUUCCAAGCUUCCCUCCUCUGUGCUGGAAAGGUCUGACUGAUUUGCCACUGCAGGUGAAAUGCUGUAUCCGUGCUGUUGGAACUAAUACAAAGACUUGAGGCCAGACUGCUGAGCUGAGCACUGUUUAACUUGUUUGAACUUUGAAUGUGAUGGCAGACCCUUCCCUCAGAAAAGGGGAGCUGUGCAUUUGCCUCAUGGCUAGUGCCAAACUAUAGAGCAAGGGAUGGAAACGGAAACUACAGUGACUGUGGAGGGACUGCAGCCAUUGCUUUCAGAAAUGCCCCGAGGAAUGUGUUUAGUACGAGACUCACCUGAAGGAGCUGAGGAGAAGACCCUUUCUGACCAGAAUGAUAACCUGUCUGUGGGCAGGAUGGAGUCAAGCCUGGGUGAGCCGCCAGGUCUCUCUGCUUGCGCUCUCUGGGUGGACAGAAAGGCAGUGGAUGCCCAGGAACAAAGCAGGCAAGUUCUGCUUCUGGCUAGGUCACAUGAGCAAACUCCAGUUACUGCUCCUGAGACCUCCUUGCCAGGCUUCCCCAGUGUCCCGGGGCAGAAUAGUGAUUCAGUGAGAUCCCUGCAUGAGCCUGGCUCUGUGUUUGUCCAAUCAGAAUGUCCCAACAAGCAAUCUGUCCUUAUACCUGUGAUAUCCCCUCUCCAGUUGGGUCAGGGUGAAUCACUUGGCAGAUCUGUGGACCCUGGCCUUGACACAAACCCUCUUGGUUUUGAUGAGGAACCCUCUCAUGCCCAAAUCUCACCAGGCCAGGCCAAGCAGCAGUGUUGUAUUCUUAGCCAUCAGGCUAGCCAAGAAGAGUCCUGCUGUUCUUCUGACCUGAUAGCGUGCCCUCAUCUGCCAAACCAUGCAGCUCCCUUGUUAGGCUGCUCCGACGCCCCAGAUAUUGUGGUGGCCCAGGUGGAAGAUUUCUGGGAGCUGCCCCGCAUCGUGAGACACAAACCCAGCUCCAUCGCAUUUUCCGACUGCGACCGCUCCAGCGGCUGCCUCUCCAGCACCGGCCAGCCUCUUUUCAUCAGCGAGAGCUCUGACGGCGGGGAGUCUUCCUCGGGGCGCGAGGAGGAUGAGGAUGACGAAGAUGAUGAGGACGACGAUGAUGUGUUUGUUGAGCUGCCGCAGUACAGGGAGUUCCUCAUCAGCCGGCGGCGCAGGAGCAUGAGCAGGGGAAGGCCAAAGAGGAAUGGGGUGGUGAGGAAGCAGUGCACCCAGCACAAGGAAACGCCUGUCAGUGCGGGCUCCUCCAACAACAACAGCCAUGAGGUCAUGGAUGCCAGGGGAGAGGAGCAAGCUGAACAGAUUCUGUCACCCUGGUCGCAGUCCAUGACCCAGCUAAUGAUGAAGCUGGACCAGCUCAACUUGGACAUUGAGGAAGCCCUUAGUGCAAGCUCCUCCCCCUCAGAUACACCCAGCAUCACCCGCAAGCAGAUGUCCACUGCCACUGUUGACCAAACCCAGACAGAGGUUGACGCACCUGGCAACCCAGACGAAGAAGAAUGCCGGAGCCAGUUCUGCUUCUCACCCUCCUCCUCCUCCUGCGUGCGACACACCUGUAAAGGAGGCGGAGCUCGGCCCAAAAAGACCAGGGGUGCUGUGAAGAUGAGCCAGGGCGGAGCGGAAAUCGAGGCGAAGGAGGCAUGUGACUGGCUACGGGCAGCAGGCUUUCCACAGUAUGCUCACCUCUAUGAAGAUUCUCAGUUUCCCAUUGACAUAUCUGCUGUGAAAAAGGAUCAUGACUUUCUUGACAAAGACCUUGUGGAGCCUCUUUGCCGGCGGCUCAACACGCUGAACAAGUGCGCCUCUAUGAAACUGGACGUGAGCCUUCCCAAAAAGAAGAGUGAAGACUCAGAUGAGGAAGACCUGUUUGCAAUCAGUAACAGAUGGACCUUUGAGUGGAGCAGCCGGCGGUGGUCCCGACUGCAGGACAUCGACUGUUUCCUGGGGGGCGUAGAGAGGCAGCACGCAGGCAGCGUCGGUGGGGGGCUGAGAGCGGCGGCCAGCAGCGAGAGCGUGCUGACGGACCUGAGCGAGCCCGAGGUCUCCUCCCUGCACAGCGAGAGCAGCGGGGCCAGCGGGCACCGGGACAGCCCGGACUCCGCCCCCGGCAUGCCCGACUCCACCUCCCUCACCCUGCCGCAGGUGCCCAGGGAGAUCCCGCACUACGGCUCGCUGCCCGCCAAGGGCGGCCGGCACGGGCGGACGCGCGCCAAGGACUUCCUGCGGCGCAUGGAGGUGCUGCGCUCGCGGGGCAAGCCCGGCCACAAGGCGCUGGUCAUCAGCGCGCCCGUCCUGCAGCAGGAGUCGGAGGCGCUGCGCACGCUGCGCUGCGUGGAGAUCAUCAACGGCGAGGCACACCCGCCCCCUGGCGGCGGUGGCGGAGGCGCCCCGCCCUCCCAGUCCAGCGGCGAGGGCAGCGGCCCCUCGGAGACCAGCGGCAGCGCGGUCAGCACCCCCUGCCUGAAGGAGCGGCGGCCUCACCGGGGCGUCCACAAGCGCAGCGGCAUGUACCUGGAGGACGUGGACGUCCUGACGGGGGGCCAGGCCAGGCGGGCCGGCGAGCAGAGCCGGCGGAGCAGCUUCCGCUCCUACGAGGACCUGGUGGUGCACGUGCCCAAGGACCACAAGCCCGGCACCUUCCCCCGGGCGCUGUCCAUCGAGAGCCUGUCGCCCACUGGCGGCGGGCCGGUGAGCUGGCGGGCGGGUGUCCUGGGCGCCGAGCCCCGCUUCCCCCUCGGCGCCAAGGAGCCGCGGCCCGUCACCCAGUGCUGCCCGCGGGGCAGCCGGAUCAGUGUGUACGACAACGUGCCCGGCUCCCACCUGUACGCCAGCACGGGCGACCUCAUGGACCUGGAGAAGGAGGACCUUUUCCCCCACCUGGACGACGUACUGCAGCACGUCAGCGGCCUGCAGCAGAUUGUGGACCACUGGUCCCAAAACGUGCUGCCGGAGGGCGGCGUGGGGGGGGCAUCCGGGCUACAGUCCUCCAGCCAGAUCACGCUGGACUUCGAGGGGAACUCGGUGCUGGAGGGCCAGACCACGCCCAGCGACGGGGACAAGGACGGGGUGUCCCUCAACGACACGGACUCGACAGAAAUGAGGGAGAGGCGGGACUCGGGGGUGGGGGCGUCACUCACCAGGCCCACUCGACUGCGCUGGCCCAGCUUCAGGAUCUCCAAUCACCUCAGCCAAUCAGGGGCUUCGCUGCAGAUCACCAGCCAAUCAGCUGCCCAGCUCAGCUUGCUGCAGAAGUUCUCUUUGCUGCGCCUCACUGCAAUCAUGGAAAAGUAUUCAAUGUCCAACAAGCAUGGCUGGACCUGGUCGGUCCCUAAGUUCAUGAAGAGGGUGAAGGUGCCGGACUACAAGGACAAGAACGUUUUUGGUGUCCCCCUGAUUGUCCACGUCCAGCGGUCUGGUCAGCCACUACCCCUCAGUGUGCAGCAGGCCCUGCGCUACCUGAGGAGCCAAUGUCUGGACCAGGUUGGUCUUUUCCGAAAGUCAGGAGUGAAGUCACGCAUCCAGACGCUGAGACAGAUGAACGAGAACUCACCCGACAACGUUAACUAUGAGGACCAGUCAGCCUACGAUGUGGCGGAUAUGGUGAAGCAGUUCUUCAGAGACCUGCCAGAGCCACUGCUCACGAGCAAGCUGGGAGAGACUUUCCUGCACAUCUACCAAUACGUGCCGAAGGACCAGCGCCUGCAGGCGGUGCAGGCUGCCAUCAUGCUGAUGUCUGAUGAGAACAGGGAGGUCCUGCAGACGCUGCUGUGCUUCCUGAGUGACGUCACCUCCUCCGUGGAGGAGAACCAGAUGACACCUAUGAACAUUGCCGUCUGCCUGGCGCCCUCGCUCUUCCACCUCAACAUUCUGAAGAAGGACAACUUGUCACCCAGGGCCAUGCAGAAGAAGUAUGCCACAGGGCGACCAGAUCAGAAGGACCUGAAUGAGAACCUGGCUGCGACCCAAGGGCUGGCUCACAUGAUCACCGAGUGCAACCGGCUCUUUGAGAUCCCGCACGAGAUGGUGACGCAGUCGCGGAACUCGUACGUUGAGGCAGACCUCUCUGCGCCCUCGCUGGAGGAGCUGUGCAAGCAGCUGGAAGAGGAGGACGGCUCCUACCACACCCACGUGGACGGGCUGUUCCAGAACCUGCUGAGAGAGGCCCGAGAUAAGUCCAAAGUCUGGGUGUCCUGCCCCAGCGCAGACAACACAGAGGUGUACUACAAGAAGGUGGGGGAUGGUAACCCCCUGCGGCGGUGGCGGGUGAUGGCGGAGGUGGAGGCCCCGCCCUCGGUGGUGCUGAACCGCGUGCUGCGAGAGCGCCACCUGUGGGACGUGGACCUGCUGCAGUGGAAGGUGAUCGAGACGCUGGACAAGCAGACGGAGGUGUACCAGUACGUGCUCAGCCGCAUGCCCCCGCACCCCAGCCGCGACUUUGUGGUGCUGAGGUCGUGGAGGACGGACAUGCCGAAGGGCACCUGCGCCCUGGUUUCGGUAUCGGUGGACCACGAGGACUCCCCGGCCAUGGGUGGGGUGCGGGGGAUGGUUCUGGAGUCACAGUACCUGCUGGAACCGUGUGGCUCAGGGAAAUCCCGGCUCACUCACAUAUGCAGGAUUGACCUAAAAGGAAGGGCUCCUGAAUGGUACAACAAGGCAUUCGGGCACCUCUGCGCCGCUGAGGCUGCCCGCAUCCGCGACUCCUUCCAACCGCUGGACAGCGACGGGCCGGAGACCAAGAUCUGAGCCGAGACUGGGACUAAGACCAGGGGUGUAUACAGGCAGGCACCAGGUCCAAAGUGUGGACAUGUGGCCCGUGGACCAGUGGGUUGUGAGCAGAAGAGCCCAUCGAAGCACCCUUCUUUUGUUCGGACACUCUAGCACUGGAGCAUUACCCCUCAGCCUGCGCGGCCCCCCCUCAUUAGUGUG